CUGGAGGCUACAAUAGAGGUACGGGCAGGUAUCUACCUCUGAGAUAGCUGACAGGUACUCAGACAGUGCAUUCCCUUCACUUGCCGGACUUGAAAUCCAGUCGUCUCUCGUACCUUCCAAAUUAUUGACGGGCAGUCAGUCUGCUGUGCAGUGGUAUCGGGUGCCUCUGAUCUGGUUGGGGAACGACCAUCCGACAUGCGGGGUAAAACACGGCAAAAUUGGGGAGAGGUCGGGUGGAAUUCGAAAGGAAUCGUGAAACCUUUUCGCUUCCCCCGCCCUUUUUCCACUUUCCAUCCUAACGACAUUGUCUCAGUCCAGUUCAAGCUGCUACUUAGGCAUGUAUUGACAUCUACGAGUACUAGAGCCCCGAUGUCCUCGCCCGUCGUCAGUCCCCAGACGACCCAGUCCACCAUAUAUCAAGACAUAGAUUGCUCCGAGCCGCGAUUCCCAUCGAAUCCUGACCAAUCCCGCUGCGCCCCAGUUUGAGCCGCCACAUCACUCGCUCUCGAUAACGUUGACGAGUCAAGCAUUCAAGCCACACCGAUAAAUGUCAAGUACAACCAGUCUAUUUCCAGCUCUACUUGCACCGUCAAUUCUUGGCAGGAACAACAAAUUAGGCGCAAUGACCCUCGCCUUCACCUGGCCUGCAUCCUAAAUGCCCUCCGAGCAAGCAACUCGGCGUCUCUCAUUGGCAAUGCUAUCGCGGCAUACACAUGUUGAGGGUUGGUGAGAUGCUGCGCCACUCCGUGUUUCUGCAACGACCACGGUCAAUACUUCCCUUUCCAGGUCCCCCCAGGUUCCCCAAAUUCCCCCCAAAAACCAAACAUAAGGCUGGCGAACACGUCUUCAUCCGGCUCGUGACCUCAGCUCCCAGGCACCCUUUUAUCUGCGUGGGAACGAUACAUGAUUUGUCGAGGCUUAUCUAUCAGGCAUGUGCCACACUUGUCCGGUCAACGCAUUUGGGAGUGAAGAAGGGGACAGGAAGCGAUCCAGGCAAUGGACAAGCAACACAGGUGCGACUGUGCGGGCAAAGGUUCGACAGAUAACCAGGACUUCGGUGAGAGUGUGGUUGCACAACCCAUGACUGAGCAAUCCGGCGUCACGGCACCCAUCUGGAUUUACGCCUGACGUCGACGGCCAUGUUCCAGGGGAACGUGGAAAAUGUUUAAAUAGUGAAGAGGUGCCCCCAGUGUUUCGUUUGUUUACUGUGUUGACGAUGUUUGCAUGAUUCGCUAAUUGCUCUUUACACUUGCUUGCUUGCACUUCCACGUGCGUUCUUUCAUCUUGUCUUGCCCAGUGAUACUCUCACUUUACAACAAAUUUCAACGAACCCCCCUCGUCAGAUGUCAUCAGCAUGGCCUACUCUCCCCGGAAAGUCUUGACCUUCAGGCUCACCUUUCUCGCUGUUGGCUUCCUCUUACUAGGAAUAUUGCCACGACCCACCGACGCCGUCCACCGCUACAACGAGCCCCAAUGCUGCCUCGAUGCUGUUGCGUCCAAUAACUAUACUCUCAACAUCACAAAAGACCCCAAGACGCAGGCGAUCGUUUCCGGCGAGGCCCCCAUCUGCGGCCAGAUGUACAACCACACCCUCAAGGCUGCUCCCGAGAUCAUGGUGUCCUACGCCUACUGCAAGAGCAACUGUGGGGGCUUUGGACUUUCCAAGGGCGACGAGCCAGGCCAAUGGGCCGCUCCCAUUGUUCAGUUUUUGCUUCCGUCCGUCAUCUUCAGUAUGAACGUGCCGAGGCGGCAUAUCCUUCUCUCGACUAGUCGGUUCAAGGACUGGAUUUGGAGGAUACUUCCCCUGCCCCAGAAUGGGAAAGCACGCAAGGCAGUGACACUUCUGGUGGGGAUCGUGCUGCUGGCGCUAGAUACCCUUUCUGGGGCGUUCGAUGCGUUGCUUUGGAUUGUAGUGGUGAUGGGGAUGGCCGGGCCGAUGAUGGUCGGUGGACUUCAUGAGGCAGUUUUGGAUUACAAGAUUGUGAGGGCUUUGAAGAAAGGGGCGCAUAGACAGGAAGGGGCGAAAGGAACGCCCCCAACGUUGAAAAGCCUGAGGGAUACGGUCGAGAUCCUGGUGACGGCUAUUUCAGGGAACUUGGUCAUGGGAGAAAAGGGGGGCUAUCCGGAGGACGAGAUCAAGAAGGCUUUGCUGGCGGACUUUCCCGAGCCAGAACUUGAAUUCCCAAGCAAUCAAAGUACACUAUCUUCUCAGCGCACGAUAGGACCCGUACCGCAGAUCCCGCCGAUAGCUCUUUUGAGUCAGAUGGAGCCCUGGGGACAAGACAUGAGUGGCCCCCAAGAGCCCGAAAGGCCCCCCAUCCUCGUGGCACCACCCGAUAUCAAACCGCAGUCAGUCGACAGAGAAGCCAGCAAAAGGCUCCGCGAACGACUCACACGACUAAUAUCCUCACAGCUAGACUUCGCCGCCACCAUUGGUGCACCUGUCGUCUUUUACCUUGGCGCCUUUAUCUACACCAUCCUCGACCUCAAGAACGAGCCGUCGGACCAAGACGCGGCCAUCUCGCUUGCCUUUGGCGUGGAGUGGAUGAUAAUAGUGCACGUCGCCAUCGUCGGCGGCUGUCUACUAGCCAGCAACAAUCCAAGUCCAGUGGUCCUGCUCGUCGGCAAGGAAGCUUCCAAAGACAAUGGAUCUACCAAGGACGCCCAGUGGAGGUACUACACGCGAAAGAACGUCUUUGAUGGUCUGUUCCAGCCGGUCAACAUGUGGAAGAGAGGGAUGAACAAGUCCAAGUGGUUGAGGCAGUCUCAGGUGUACCGAAAGAACAAGAAGUUCAGAGACAGAGUCAAGAUCCAUAAGCUGGAGCACUGCGGUUGGAUCAUUCAGACUUUCAUCCUGAUUGCUCUCCCACCAAGUGCAGGAGCAGUGGUGGCCUUGAAGACACCGCCGGUCGGAUGGAGUUGUCGGUCUCUGAGCUUUGUGACGUAUUCGGCCUCGCAAUUUUUGUUGACUUUUGUCUACUUUGCUUACCUGAACAUGUGGGAACGGGAUCAAGCGAGACAUGAAAACAACCAAGGCGAGGAUCCAGAAUCUGGCCAACAAGGGUCAAGGAACACAUAUCAAGCGGUGCACGAGAGAGAAGGCAGUGACGCGAGUGCCAACGGUAACGGCAGGUCCUCGGAGGACCUUCAACAGGUUCACACGGCACCUUUUCGCCCUCGGACCCCAAGCAUGGACAUGGACAUGGACGACGAAGGCGUCUCGGGUCGUGAUCGAUACAUGUACGGGUUAAGAGAAAUCCCCACAACGACGAAUCUACUACCCUCAACUCCUUCCCCAGGCCCUUCUCUCAGGCACAUCCCCGAUCGCGAUCCUAGCUUCAGUCCAAGUCCCAACCAAAACCUCCUCUCCUCUCCUUAUGAUCCAUGCCCCCCUCGACUUUCCAUGUCCCACCUCAGAUCUAAUACUCCCACCCAAAGGCAGACAGUCCAAACCAAGUCCAAGCCCCGAAAGUCACUCCUCACUCUUUCCAUUUACACCCUCUUCACCGUCUUUUUCUUUCUCUCUCUCUUCCUGUCAAUCGGCACCACCCUCAUGCAAAUCAUGGGCGUCUACCGCAACUGCUUCUGCUACAUCACCGUGGGGUACUGGUUUGAUACUUCAAACCCAAACGCCAUGGUUAACGUUGCAAGCGACACGUGGUACCAGAGGCACUCAAGUCGUAAUUGGAUGGUGAUGGGCGGGGUGGCGACGGCGUUCAUGGCUGCUUGCGCGUAUAUCGGGUGGUGGUUCCAGGGAAUGAUAAGGAGGGAGCUGGCCGAAGUGGUGGAGGGGGAAGUUUGGCCUGGGUAUGGGGGUGAGAAUGUGAAGGAAAGUGGGAAUUGAGAAUGGUUCCAAGGUUCCACGGCGAUGAAGACGGAGAUGUGGGACGGGAGUCAAGAGAGGGAGAGACAUGGAGGCUGGCCUAAGGGAUGGAUCUCAAGAGGGGGAGUGGGAGUGGGAGCAUGACAUAAAGUGAGAGAAAGUAAUGUGUAAUGAUGGGAUGCCGUAACCGAGAGUGAUGGCGUUCAAGGGGGAGUUACAAGUAGGUUUGGGUUCAGCGUUUGUCAGUCUGGUGUUACUUCAGGUGCUAGAUGGUUUCAACUGGGUGCAUAACACGGAAGGAUGGUAUGGCGCAUGCACAUGGCGCGCUUGGUGCUAGAAACACAGAUGACUGGUUGUAUUACUAUGGAGAGCAUCGAAUAGAGAAGGAACAAGAGAGAGAGGGCGUAGCAGAAACUUAAUAUCACCAUAUAGACCAUGGA